CUCCUCUCCCCUCCCCUGCCACUGCCAUGCGCCCCACGGCCUUCGUGCUUCCCAUGUUUGCAGCCACUGUGCUGUGGGGAGCGGCGCCCGUCCGGGGGCUCAUUCGAGCCACUUCAAACCGCAAUAACAGCAUGGACUUCGCGGACCUUCCUGCUCUCUUUGGGGCUGCCUUGAGCCACGAGGGACUUCAUGGGUUCCUUGUGGAGGCGCAGCCUAGCAACGCCUGCAGCCCUAUUGCCCCGCCACCCCCAGUCGUGGUCAACGGCUCGGUCUUCAUUGCACUUCUUCGAAGAUUUGACUGCAACUUUGACGUCAAGGUCCUAAACGUUCAGACGGCCGGGUACGGGGCAGCUGUGGUACACAAUGUGAAUUCCAAUGAACUUCUGAAUAUGGUGUGGAGCAGUGAGGAGAUCCAGCAGCAGAUCUGGAUCCCGUCUGUGUUCAUUGGGGAAAGGAGCUCCAAGUACCUGCGUGCUCUGUACGUCUAUGAGAAGGGAGCGCAGGUGCUUCUGGUCCCAGACAACGACUUCCUUCUGGGCUAUUGCCUCAUCCUUUCCACAGGGGUUGUGGGACUGCUGAUUUUGGCCGUGGGAGCAGGGCUAUUAGUUCGUUUUAUCCAGCACCAGAAAUAUCUCCAGCAGAAUCGACUGACCAAGGAGCAACUGAAGCAGAUUCCUACGCAUGCCUAUCAGAAGGGAGACCAGUAUGAAGUCUGUGCCGUCUGCCUGGACGAGUAUGAGGACGGAGACACGUUGAGGGUGCUUCCCUGUGCUCACGCUUAUCACAGCCGCUGUGUGGAUCCCUGGCUCACCCAGACCCGGAAGACCUGCCCCAUUUGCAAGCAGCCUGUUCACAGCGGCCCUGGGGGAGGGGCGCAGGAGGAAGAAACCCUGGGGCAAGACGGCGAUGAGGAAGGGGAGCCAAGGGACCCCCCUGCCACAGAACGGACCCCGCUUUUGGGCUCCAGCCUCAUGCUUCCCACAUCCUUUGGAUCCCUAGCCCCAGCCCCCCUUGUUUUUCCUGGUUCUUCAAUAGAUCCAUCACCUUCUCCCUCCUCUUCUUCCUCUUCUGCUGCCUUCCUGGUCUGACACUCCCCUCCCCCCACCUCAGGCCACCUGUUUGCACAGCCUUGUUCCUCCUUUCAGUCUAACAUUGUGAGGCACAUUUCACCCCGGGUUUCUUUCUUCCUUACUCCUUAUCUUUCUGGGGGGGGGGAAUGGAAAGGGACGGGGUCUUCACUUACUAGGUUAAUAAAAUUG